AUGACCACCCAAGCCAAAGCAUUCCGCGAACUGAUUGGAGUUUCACCAUCUACUGCUUCCGUGCAGGAUAGUGUAUUAAUCAUUAUUGAUGCGCAGAAUGAAUACGCCCAAGGCCAUCUCAAAGUCUCCCAAGUAACCUCUUCCCGCAAAGUCAUCUCCUCCCUCCUCGAAAAAUACCGCGCGGCCCAUGGCUCCCUCGUCCACAUCGUCCACCAAGUACCCGCGGGCGCUCCCGUCUUCACACCCGACACUGAGCUUGCUCAGGAAUUCGAGGAGCUAACGCCGCAGAAGGAUGAGAAAGUGAUUGUGAAGCAACAUCCUGGAUCCUUUACCGGAACGGAUUUGGACGCGUACAUCCAGGAGACGGGAAAAUCGAAGCUGGUGUUGACGGGAUACAUGGCGCAUGUGUGUGUGAGUACGACGGCGAGACAGGCGGCCGAGAAGGGAUAUGAGGUUUUGUUUGUGGAGGAUGCGAUUGGAGAUCGAGAUAUUCCGGGCGUGAAGGCGGAGGAGUUGGUCAAGACGGUUUUGGCGGAGUUGGCGGAUGCGUUUGGUACGGUGGUGAAGUCUAGUGAGAUCAAUUGA